AUGAACCCUGAAAACCUCCUCCAACAUCCUCUCCCAACCCCAAAAUGCACCACCGGCUGCCCACUCAUCGACCGCUUUCUCAGUGGCGGCGUCCCGACAAAUUCCAUUACCGAGCUCGUAUCAGAAAGCGGCUGUGGCAAAACCCAACUCUGCCUUCAACUCCUCCUUGCCGCCCAACUACCCACUACCCUCGGCGGCCUUGCCUCCUCCUCUCUCUACCUCCACUCCGAAUUCCCCUUCCCAUUUCGCCGCCUCCACCAACUCUCACUCUCAUUCCGCUCUUCUCACCCUUCCCUUUUUGCCUCCAGUGAUCCCUUGGACCGCAUAUUCGUCCACCCUUUGCAUUCCGCAGAGCACCUGCUCGAUGUAUUGCGGCGCAUAGAUCGUUUUCUCGAACACCCACCAACCCUUUUCCCCCUUAAGUUGAUUAUCAUUGAUUCUAUUGCAGCCUUGUUCAGAUCGGAGUUUGAGAACAAACCGUCUGAUCUUAAGCGGAGAUCGGUUUUGUUUUUCAAGAUUUCUAGCAAGUUGAAGUUACAAGCUAAGACUUUUGGUCUAGCGGUUGUGGUGACAAACCAGGUUGUUGAUUUUGUGGGAUCAUCUGAUGGGAUGAAUGGGCUGAGAGUAGGGAAUCUGGGUUCUUUGUAUUCGUCUGGGAGACGGGUUUGUCCUGCCUUGGGGAUAUCAUGGGCCAAUUGUGUGAAUUCGAGGUUGUUCUUGUCGAGAAAUGAGGAGGUACUAGGUGACGAGUCUGGUUUGGUCGAGACGGGUAGCGGAGAUUUUGUUGCUGUGCAAACAAAGAGACAUAUUCACGUUUUGUUCGCUCCUCAUUUGCCUAACUCGUCUUGUGAGUACAUAAUUGUGAGAGAAGGGGUUUUCGGGGUCGAGAGAACAGCAACAGAUUUACAAAAGAGAGCCAUUAAAUGA